GAGCGUCAGUUUAGCCUGCACGGCUGCACGUAUAAGUCACGCGGAGGGAAAACGGGCUUGUACACAGAGACAUUCUCCAUUUCUCCUGCUGUGUUUGACCGCUGAAAAAAAAAAAAAAAUGAUAAAAGCAAAAUUUAUUUAUGUUUUCUAGUAAAAGAACAAAAAUAAAAACAAAAUAAAAAUAGCGAAAGAAAAAAAAGUGAGAAACCCUGAACUGAACCGGAAGGGAAAGGAAAGGGGAAGGUGCUGAACUGGACUUCUGGGGUUUAUACUUGACUCUGCCUGAUCAUGGAUCACUUGCGUCCUCGGAACAGACCCGUUUUCUCCGGAUUCACAAAUUCUGAGAUUGUGAAAAUGGAGAAAUUACUAAGAGAAUCAAAAGGACAACCAUUCACUCAGGAUUUUUAUCAGAAAUUAGCUAAAAGUUUCAACAUUUCAUCUGCUCGUGCUGGGAAACCUGUCAUCAAAUGGACUGAGAUACAGAGUUGGUUUCAGACUAAGCUUGAAGACUCACCACAAGUCCCUGAAAAUGAAUUGGUUUCUCCUCAAGGACCUCAAUGUAAUGAAGGAGAAACUGACCGAGACCCAUCAGAGUUGGUAUUCGAAGCUAGGUCUUCAAAAGAUGGGGCAUGGUAUGAUGUUGAGACAUUUCUUGCUCACCGAUUUGUUAGCACAGGAGAAGCUGAAGUCAGAAUCAGAUUUGUUGGGUUUGGAGCUGAAGAGGAUGAGUGGGUCAAUAUAAAAAAUUCAGUCCGAGAACGUUCGGUUCCUUUCGAAAACACAGAGUGUUCCAAGCUGAAAAUUGGAGACCCUGUCUUGUGCUUCCAGGAAAGGAGAGAUCAAGCAAUUUACUAUGACUCUCACAUUGUAGAGAUCCAAAGGAGAAUGCAUGAUAUCCGAGGUUGCAGGUGUGACAUCUUAAUUCGGUAUGAUCAUGACAACAGUGAGGAAAGAGUUCACUUGAGGAGACUGUGCCACAGACCAUGAUCUUAAGAUAUAUUUAACUUAAAUUCAUUUCGACAUCCCAGCUGGGUAAGCAGCUUUCGAUCAGUUUGCAAUUACCUGGAUACAGCGAGAAUCAAACAACAAUUGACAUUUUGAAUGUUUGGGUUCAAUACUGCCAAUUUUUAAAGCUAGAACAUGUAUUAUCCUCCUAUUUAAAUUUUUUCGGCGGGAUUGAAUGUGCUUAGAAAUUGGAAGAUGAGCUGUUUAGUAGAUACUAAAUUAUGUCUUUUUCUUACUAAAUUAUGUAAUUUUUUUUCUGUUAUUAUUUAAGUGGAGAAGAGCACGAUAAAAGAAAGCUAAGAGUUGGAUUUAUAUUUAG